AUGUAUUCCUGGAACAACAACAAGCAGUACCACUACCGCAUCAGCAGAGCUGUUUGCACUGGAACAUUCAGCGCGAUAUCUGCUUCCAACUUUGUUUCAGCCCUGCAUCCUGGUUGGAGCUUAGGAAACACCCUAGAUGCUGUUCCCGAUGAAGGGUCUUGGAACAACGCUCCAGUAGUGGCGUCUACGUUCGAUACCGUGAAGACUGGUGGCUUCAAGAGUGUCCGACUCCCAGUGACUUAUGCCUACCACUUCACCGGCAGUUCCCCAGAUUGGACAGUUGACCCAGUAUGGCUGCAGCGAGUCUCGGAUGUGGUCGAUAUGAUCACGGCCCGGGGCCUCUAUGCCGUCGUGAAUGUGCAUCAUGAUUCCUGGGUUUGGGCGGAUGUCACUCAAUCCGGAGCCAACUUGACUAUGAUCGAAGAGAAGUUUUAUAGAUUGUGGUAUCAAAUCGGAACUAAACUUGGUUGCAAGUCUAGCCUUGUUGCAUUUGAGCCUAUCAAUGAGCCGCCCUGCAACACUGCCACUGACGCCGCUGAAAUUAACAAACUCAACAAAAUAUUCCUCCAAGCUAUCAAUGAUGCCGGUGGAUUCAACCCACAGAGAGUUGUUACUUUAGUUGGUGGCGGCGAAGAUAGCAUCAAAACCUCCCAGUGGUUUGUGGCCCCUUCUGGAUUUUCGAAUCCAUAUGCUAUUCAAUUCCACUACUACAGUCCUUAUGACUUUAUCUUUAGUGCUUGGGGUAAAACAAUUUGGGGCUCUGAUGCCGAUAAAGCCACUGUGAAGUCCGACUUCCAGCUACUACGCAACAAUUUCACCAACGUGCCUAUCCUCUUGGGUGAAUACGAUGCUUCGCCCACUAACACCGAGCCCGCCGCCCGCUGGAAGUAUGUAGACUUCUUGAUCAAGACUGCAGCCAGCCUCGACAUUUCGUGCGUACUGUGGGAUAACGGCUUGGACCAUUUGGACCGAACCACCAAUGUUUGGCGCGAUCCCAAUUCACUCUCAAUGAUUACAAAGUCUACUGCAUCCACCGCAAACAGUUUACCUGAUAGCACUGAGGAUGGUUCGGCAACCACCCAGUCAUCCUCGGCAUAUAUUUUCCACCAGUAUGGAACGGCCGUCACAGCACAGACUCUUCCGUUUGUUUUCAACGGCAAUACGCUCUCGUCAAUCAGUGAUUCUACUGGUGCGGCAUUGGUAUCUGGAACAGACUAUUCCGUCUCAGGCGCGAACAUUAUCUUCACAGCUUCGUAUUUGUCAAAACACCUUUCAUCUACGACAUCACCCGGUGUUAUUGCCACUCUGACCUUAAAGUUCUCUGGGGGUUACUCGUCUCCCACUAUCCAGAUUGUUCAAUGGAAGCCACCAACCCUAUCUUCCACUUCGGCUGUGGCCUCAUCGGUGUCCGGCUCCGACCUUUCUAUUCCGAUCACUUGGGGCGGUUUGCCAACUGUCGCGGCAGUGAAGGCUUUGACUAAGAGUGGAACCUACCUAGUCGAUGACUGGACCGUAUACUUGGGUCCUCUCCAGCAAGCAAGAACAACCUAUAGCAGCCAGUAUAACUGGGGCACCUCAAAUGUGAUACUCACUUCAUCGGCUAUUAGCUCUGUGAUCUCUGCGGGCCAGACCACUGUUUUCACAUUCGAGUUCUUCCCACGAGACAAUGGUGCCGCGAAUGCCGUUAAUUUCACUUUGACCGUUUGA